GCCCGGACCGAUCCCCAGGGACACACGGAAAUGCAAUCGACGCGGAUGCAGGCGGACAGCAGCAGCGGCCCAUUCAAAAUGCAGAGCUUCGGCGCCCUCUACGAUGCCCAGGGCGACGACGACGAGCUGCCCUCCUGCGCCUUCGCCGGACGCUCCACCAUCCAACACUAUCUCUCCAUGACAGAAGAGCAGGGAGAGGGAGUGAUGGUGAGCAACGGUGACGAAUCAGGGAUGCACUUGGGGGCGUCCUCGGCGGCCGGCUCGAGCAGCAACAACUACUACCACCAGCAGGCAGCGUGCAGCAGCGCGAGCGGCGGCGGUGGCGGCGGGGGCGGCGGAGGCGGCAGUCCGUACAGGGUGCAGCGGCACGCGGCCAACGUCAGGGAAAGAAAAAGAAUGCUGAGGUCGGCACCUACCCUCGGCCCCAAGGAUACCGUAAAGAUCAGCAUCAACUCUGCCUUUGAUGAGCUUCGGGUUCACGUGCCGACUUUCCCCUACGAGAAGCGGCUGUCCAAAAUCGACACGCUCCGCUUGGCCAUCGCCUACAUUGCGCUGCUCAGGGAGGUCCUGCACACCGACUACGACCCUCUCACCUACGUCGAAAAGUGUCUCCGAGGCGAGAUCAAACCCGAAAGGGCCGAAUGGAACACUAGCGAUCUAACAGCAAGGUUGUCUUGGAUCAACUGGGAAAACCUGGGAGUCAAUCCAGGGCGUCGGGGCGUGUUGACAAACCUGACCUUGUCCGCCGACAACAUGACUGGCUAAUCCUCUUUGCCAAAAUAUUGGCAAUUUCACUGUGAUAGCUUUGAUCUAGUCAGUACUAUAUUUUAUUUGUGAUGUGUUUUGUGGUAUGAAUUAAAUCGCUUCGGCCGAAUCUA